AGGGUCCAAGCUCUUCGUUUUCAGCUGUUGACUUUUCGGACGUUCCGGUUAAGCUCGCAGACUGCGGCGACUCUUUGUGGAAGCAGCAUUCCUAAUCUCAGGGCGGAAAUGAUGUAGUUAAAGGCCAUGCGAUAUGUCAUAGUCACAUGAUCUAAUACCAACAGGGAAACUGUACUGCGCGUGAACUUCAGCGCGUCUUCAUCAGCUAAUGACAGCUCACCGUCCCGGAUUUUUCUUUUUAUCAACCCACUCAACUCAUUUUUACUCUGCUAAGUGCAGUAUGCCAAUUGCCUAAAUUGUAACAAUAACACCUAUCACCACUAAGCGCAAGAUCUCGGUUCCGCCUGUCCUCGACCGUUGACGUCCGAGCCCAACAACACAACGCCUACCAUCACCGCUCAACACCCAUCGAAAUGACCACCGAUUACAGCAAGAAGACGAACGCGGAGCUAGUGGAGAUUCUCAAAUCUCGUUCGCUCCCUCACACAGGCAAGAAGGCGGAGAUGGUCGCUCGCCUCCAGGAAGACGACGAAAACAAAGCCAAGGCCGCAUCGGCCCCUGCCCCUGCUGCAAAGCCUGACGCCGCGGACGACGUCAUCGAUUGGGAAGAUGAUGAUGUACCGGCUGCUGAUACUACUGCCCUGAAGCCUUCUACUGAGGCUGGCGCCGCUGCCAUUGCUGCUGGCGGCAAGGGUGCGGUCGCCAACCCGGUCGCUGUUCCGAACCAGAAACUCGACACCGACCCCGCUACUACGGACGAUUUGAAGGUCGAAUCGAAGGGCGCGGCACCAUCGGCUGAGAGUGGAGCGCAAGGGCACGAGGGCACGGAAGGCGCGCCAGCUGAGCCAGCGCCUGCUGUCCCGGCCGAAGAAAAACCGGCACCGGACUAUUCUAUGGGGCUGCCCAUCACUGAGAUGGAAGAGGAGUUGAAGAAACGCAAGGCUCGAGCGGAGAAGUUUGGUGUUACCGAGGAGUCCAAGGCUGCCAUUGCGGAGGCGGAGAAGCAACUCGAGAGGGCGAAGCGGUUCGGUACGGCGGUUCAGCCUCCUCCUGCUGGCGGUGUCAAAGGUCUGGAUGAAGCCCUCCCGACAGAGAAGUCUCGCAAGAGAGGUCGGGGUGAAAAUGAACAAGCGUCACGAGGGGGCAAGCGACGUGAUAUUGGCGGCAGAGGCAAAUUCCGGGGAAAGGGCCGCGGAAAUCGAAACCAGACUCAACGGAAUGAAGGAAAUGCUGGCAAAACCAGCGAGCAGAGUAACAUGAGUGAUAAAGACCGUCUGGCCUUGGAAGCCAGAAAGAAGCGAUUUGCGACUGCGGCAUAGUGUCGGGUAUGCCGAUACUUCCAUUCAAUUGUACUCCAUUUCAUCAAUUGGCCUCUAUUCUCCGAUUUCUUUAUUUUCAAUUUGCUGGCGUUACGGGAAUAUCUACAAGUGGAAUAUUAUCUCAUUCAUGAUGAAGUUGAGGUAUUGUGACGUAGGAAAGAACCAAGCAAUAGUCUCCAUUACUGGAUCGGAAUAUUGGUACCAUGGAUUCAUUAAAGUGUAUAAUAAUCAAAAGAAAACCGUUAAGAUGCCAUUUGUUC